AUCGUUUAACUUUGACAGUUUGUCCUCUGAGACCCAUAAUUCUUAAGAGGAAAAGGGCAUGAGACACAGCUACUUGUGUAGGGAGUUGCCCUCACUCAGGCUGUUCCAGCUGCUCUCAGACAGGGGACGUUCAGGACACGGUGUGGUGUGAAGGGCAGAGGGACGGCCCUGGGUGCUGCUGCUGAGAGGACGUACUCGCAGUGAGCCCGCUAGAUAAGGUCAAACCCGUGUUUUUUUGUCAGUCAAAACUCUAAUUUCCUCCUGUAUUUUAGAGAAGCUCUUCAAAAGGAGGCUGAAGGCAGAGCUUCCCCUGGGCCAUAAAGGAAGCUGCUUUACGGGAGGGUUUUCCACUAUGCAAAGUACAGCUGGAAGGAGGAGGGAGCUACAGAGGGGUGCUGGCAGCACAGCUUUAGGCAGGUCCCUGGAGAAUCUGAGCACCGCAGCUGCUUCUGGGUACGCAGCGGUGCCUGACCUCGGCUUUCUGCGAGCGGGACUGGCCCAGGCUCGUGUUAUGUAUGACUUUGCUGCUGAGCCUGGAAACAACGAGCUGACCGUCAGUGAAGGGGAGAUCAUCACAAUUACCAACCCGGAUGUUGGUGGAGGCUGGUUAGAAGGAAAAAACAGCCAAGGAGAAAGAGGACUUGUCCCAACAGAUUAUGUUGAGAUUAUAACUGACGGUACGAAAGAUGGAAUUAGUUGUGGUAAUUCAUUAGCUGACCAAGCUUUUUUUGAUGCCCUCUCUUCAAAUACAGCUCAGACCAGCUCGGCUGCAAAAAGCAGUAAUCAGGUAGGUCUCCAGGUAAACAAUGCCAGUGAUCCUUGGUCAAGCUGGAAUAUUGGGAAGUCUGGGAACUGGGAUAAUGGAACCUCUGGUGACAGCUGGGCAACAAAACCUGAAAGUGCAGCUGGCCAGAGGAACAGUGCUUCAAAUAACUGGGAUACAGCAGCAACAUUUGGUCAUCCACAGGCAUAUCAAGGGCCAGCUGCUGAUGACGAUGAUUGGGAUGAUGACUGGGACGACCCAAAAUCAUCUUCACCAUCUUACCUUGGUUACAAGGAGACUGAGUCGUCAGAGGCUGGGGGGUCCCAGCGUGGAAACUCUCGUGCAGCUGCUAUGAAGUUACCACUUAACAAAUUUCCUGGAUUUGCAAAACCUGGAAUGGAACAGUAUCUAUUGGCAAAGCAGCUAGCAAAACCAAAAGAGAAGAUUCCCAUAAUUAUCGGUGAUUAUGGCCCAAUGUGGGUUUAUCCUACCUCUACAUUUGAUUGUGUGGUAGCAGAUCCCAAAAAAGGUUCAAAAAUGUAUGGUCUCAAGAGCUACAUUGAGUAUCAGCUGACCUGCACUAACACUAAUCGAUCUGUCAACCACAGAUACAAGCACUUUGACUGGUUGUACGAGCGUCUCCUGGUUAAAUUUGGAUUAGCCAUUCCAAUCCCAUCUCUUCCAGACAAGCAAGUGACAGGGCGCUUUGAAGAAGAAUUCAUCAAAAUGCGUAUGGAGAGACUGCAGGCUUGGAUGACAAGGAUGUGUCGCCACCCUAUUGUUUCAGAAAGUGAAGUUUUCCAGCAAUUUCUCAAUUUCCGAGACGAGAAGGAGUGGAAAACUGGAAAGCGGAAGGCAGAAAAAGAUGAAACUGUAGGAGUCAUGAUCUUUUCCACAAUGGAACCAGAAGCUCCUGACCUUGACAUGGUAGAAAUAGAACAGAAAUGUGAUGCAGUGGGUAGGUUCACCAAAGCAAUGGAUGAUGGAGUUAAGGAGCUGCUGACAGUGGGACAAGAGCACUGGAAGAGGUGUACAGGGCCACUACCCAAGGAAUACCAGAAGAUUGGAAAAGCACUGCAGAGUCUGGCACUGGUCUUCAGCACUAGUGGUUACCAAGGGGAAUCUGAUCUCAAUGAAGCAAUAACAGAAGCAGGAAAAACCUAUGAAGAAAUCGCCAGUCUUGUAGCAGAUCAGCCAAAGAAAGAUCUGCACUUCCUGAUGGAAACAAAUCAUGAAUAUAAGGGAUUUCUUGGUUGCUUCCCUGACAUCAUAGGAGCUCAUAAGGGAGCGAUAGAAAGAGUGAAGGAAAGUGAUAAAUUAGUCGCAACCAGUAAAAUAACACCACAAGACAAACAGAAUAUGGUGAAACGUGUGAGCACAAUGGCUUAUGCACUACAAGCUGAGAUGAAUCACUUCCACAGUAACCGGAUUUAUGACUACAACAGUGUCAUUCGUCUUUAUCUGGAGCAGCAGGCACAGUUUUAUGAAACGAUUGCACAGAAGCUGAGGCAGGCACUCAGCCGCUUUCCUGUGAUGUAGAGAAGAAGGAGUAGUCAAUGAUGAACAACCGCCACCCUGAAGUGCUUUUCUGAUCUGGGGGCAAUGCCAAUAAAAACUUGUUAGCCUUCGCCAGCCAAAAAACUAAUCAAUUAUGGGGGAAAAAAAGAAUUAUAUAAAAUGUUUACUUUAUCAGCCUAAAUCCAGAAGAUAAUGCUCUUUUUUAUCUUGAGUGCUCUCCCCUUUGUAUCAUUAUUUAAGCAAAAACAGCUAGAUAAUGCUGUCAGUCGUAGGGUUGUAAAUCAUCAAACUGCUGGUAUGUUGCCAUGGACCUCAUGCAGACUUGCAUCUAUCAGAUGCUCUUCCAAAAAUUCUUUGUUAGCAUCAGAAUUAAAAUUUUUGUAAGUGAGGAAGCAGACAAGCUUGGGAAAAUGAUUUCCUACUCAUUAUAUUCAGUUCCCUAGCAAUUCAGAAGCCAGGAGGAAUUGUAUUUGUGAAUGUUUCUGGUAUAUGUUAAUGAUAAUCUCCUGAGCUAACGCUUGUGCUAAGUUUUGCUUCCCAUACACGGCCAUGGCAUACUGUUCCCACUGUGACUUCUGGUAAAUACAAUUUGCUCUUCUUUCUUCUUUUCCUUGUAACUAAAUCUUACUCUUGCGGCGCAACACCUCAGAGCUUAUGUCGGGCUCUUUCUUUCUUGCUAUGCACUGUGUAAAAAGACAAAGUACAAACAAGGGAAGAGCCAUUCGGGAAGGUGUGAAGAACAGUUUCCCAUGCCAGCGUUUUGACACCCACACAAUGUUAGGCCACAGAGCACUGGUGUUCCUCAGAGCUGUACCUCUUUGAGAGUUUUAACGCUUUCAGUAAAGGGGACCCUCGUGUCUACACAAACUGAUACAAGUCCUCCAAUUCCAACAGAGCUCAGGUCUUCACAUAGCAGUAUGGUGUGCCAUUGGCUUGGGUUUACUUUCAGUUACCUUCUAAUGCAAACUGAAAGGUGACAAAGGUACCUCAGUUAUCACACAAAUGUACUUUGGUCAUCGUCUCUGAAGUUGAAGUCACUUUUCUUAGUACUAAAAUAUCACUUGGUGCCUGGGCUUUUUAGAACAACACUGUUCAAAGUGGGCACCGACUACAGUAAUUCAUUUAAUGCCAUAAGCAAUCUGAAAUGCCAAAGUGCAAUUUUUUUUUGCAAAAAUGUGACUAGAAUAUAAACAUUUUAGCAGAAGAACCUUUAAAACAAAGGCAUUUUCCCAUAAGCCAUUCUAAGUGACGGGUACAGUCUACUGGUUGAAUAGUUGCCUUACUCUAUUUUGCAUUGGUGUUAUUUUUGUGUGCUAGAAGGAAAAUCUAGGUCUGCCUGAAUAACCUGAAACCAAACCAUAUGAGACUUCAGCCUAAGUUCAGAUGCUUUUCCGUGUCACGGGUUUUGUUCACAUUUUAUAAACCUUGUCUUUUUCUCCUCCCAAUUUUAGUUGUUCGCUUCCAAAAUUCCAUAGCACAGUGUUGUUUGAUACAGCCAUUUAAAUAUGUACAAAUUGUAAAGAAUGUGUAUAAAUGUUUUACACCAAAUGUAAGAUCUGCUUGCAUGCAGAAGCAGCUUAUAUAAUAAAUUGUUACAAUGUGUACAGUACAUUCUGAAAUCACUUUUUCAAGCCAGCAUUUUUUUAGCAUUUGUAUAUUCACUUUUGGUAAUGAAAUCUCUUUGUAAUGAAUUCUUCAUUUGGGAGGGGGAAGGGGGGUUCUUUUUACCAAUCUUUGAAUAGCUCCGUAUGCACUAAAGUUGAAGGUUCUUUAUCUUGAAUAGAUUGUUUUGGAAUCUACGUGUAAGCUGUGCAUUCCCGGUGCAGGGAAGCUGUGACAGUAGCAGCUGUGUGAGAGAUGCAACAUUUUGGCAAAAAAGGAGAACUGUUUAAGGACUUCUAGUAAAAUGAAGUGCAACUGAUAAUAAAUAUUUAUGUAUACCCACAA